ACUCCCUGGGAAUGUUUUGACUCAAAAAAUUGAAUUUCAUCAAAUUUUGUGAUAUUUUAUUAAAAAUUUAAGCCAAAUAAAAUGUCUUUUGACGAUCCCGAAGACAAAAUUCGGAUUUGGAACAGUAUUCGUUCGAUUUCCGAAACUUCUUUCAAAUUUAUCAACUGUCCAGUGCCGAAUGACGAUCUUAUGAGAGAAAUUGUCACAAAAAUUAUGUUGCAUUACUUGCCAAAUUGCGGCUUAGUUGCUGCCAAUGAGCCUUUACCCGCAGUCGAUACGGCUUUUCGCAGUAUAGUUCAAGUGAUUGAAGAUUUUGACUCGGAAUUUCCGAGUUUAGUGGACAAAUUUGAAGAUAUUGAGAUAAUUUUGAUGCUUUUGGAGCCAGAAGCGCAGUCAGAAACGCCGGUUGAAGCGGGUUAAUGAUUAAAAGGAUCGUAAAUUAUCCGAUUUUUGUACAAAAUUAGUUUUAAGUCUGUUUAAAUUUAGGAAAUUUUUCAAUAGUUUUGAAUUUUUUAAAAAUAUUAUUACUAAAAUUUUUAUGAAUUGAGUAGAAUUGUCAUA